AUGUCUAUGAACCCCGAAUCCGCUACUCCCCAGAUGGGCGAGUUCCGCAGCAAGGUCGCUCCCGCUGAGCCUCUCAUGAAGGGUGGUCACGCUCCCGGAGUCCUUGUCGGUAACGAAGCUCUUCCCGAGUUCCAUGCUGAGAUGCACCCUGCCGGCACCGCUCCUCCCGAGAACACCUUCCAGCCCAACCCCGAGUCCGAGAUUCCAGCUCAAACAUCUGGCAAUGAGGGCGCCAUCCCCGCCGCCGCAACUCUCGGAGGAGCUACCUCUGCCGACGUUCACACCGGCCUAGGCAAGCCCGCUUCAGGACAGACCAGCCAGGAGCUGCACGGUACAGAGAAGAAGAACCGCUCCGGUCUUGAGGGCGUUGGUGCCAACCCCUCUGAUCCCAUCCACGACAAGGGCGCCGACCGAGACCACCCUACCAACUACCGUGGAAAGGGUGGCGAGAAUGCGCUGAAUUACCCUGGUGCUGAGGACCGUGAGCCUGCUAAGGCAGAGGAGGUUGCGAGCGAGCGUCGUUAA